AUCAAAAUGUCCAGAAAGCCUGACGUACCUGAGAAUUACCAGUUGAAGAGAGAAGUAGAUCGAGCCAAUUUCAUACAAAUACAGGGCCAACAGGGGCAGCAGGGGCAGCAGGCCCAACAGGGGCAACAGGGGCAGCAGGCCCAACAGGGGCAACAGGGGCAGCAGGCCCAACAGGGGCAACAGGGGCAGCAGGAGCAGCAGGGGCAGCAGGGACAGCAGGGGCAGCCGCCCCAAUAAUUUUGCCAAAAAAUAAUUAUAAUGAUAAAGCCAGAAUCGAAAAAAGACUAACAGCUAACGCAGAUUUUGUAUAAUUUUUCUGCAGUUUCGCUGCUUUCAUAUCCCGCAUGAA